CUGAGAGCGCGAGAGCAUCUGAGUGUGGCAGAGUGGACGCAGGUGUGCGCGCGUGUAUGUGCAUGGACGUGUUUUACAUCUUUAACGUGAAAGAACGUGACGUUUCGUCUGGUCAGAGGAUGGACCGAUAAAAAGAAAAAAAGAAAAGUAACCGUUGUUCUUUUCUUUUGGGUUCUUUUUAAGAAAACAAAAAACAAAAAGAGUGUCUCGCGCACAGACCCGGUGGCUGGUGACGUUAGGAGGUGAAACUGCGUCAGAGCGCACGCGCGCAUCCUUUCUGUUACAUAGAUACUCUGUAGUCUCGCGUGGGGGAAAAAUGAUGACAGAAAAUGGCGAGAAAGAGAAUGGGGAUCACCAGGACCUGCAGCGUUCACCGGGUUCCGGUACAAUCCGCCCCGAAUCCAAGCUCCAGAAACUGAAGCGCUCACUAUCUCUCAAGUCAAUGAUGCGCAGCAAAAGCGUUGAGAACUUCUUCCAGCGGUCAAACUUUGAAGCCCCACCCACUGACAGUAUCAUCACUACCGAGGCUCCACCCUCCAUCAUCGAGUCUCCCUUUUGUGACUGCCCUUUAACCCUUGAGAGGUCCCCAUCAAUCAGUCCGAACCUGUCUCUCUCUUCACGUUCACCUUCAUCUAGCCCAUCCCUGUCAAUUAACUCCAACACCCCUCCCCCUCUUCAGCCACGCCCACAGAGAACACAUUGCUUCUUGGAAUAUGUGUUUCGCCGACCAACUGUCUGCCAGCAGUGCAAGCAAAUAAUAACAGGGAACUCAAAGCAGGGUCUGCGCUGCAAGACCUGCAAACUAGCAGCCCAUCUGUGGUGCUCAUCUGAACUUUCACAGCAGGUUUGCAAUGGAAAGUCAGGGGCAUUCAAGCGGAACUUCAGCUCUCCACUGCUCACUAACGAGCUGUUUACAGUCGUUAAGGAAGCCCCGCCCACUCAAGAACAGGGACAAGGCACAGUAGACCCCGUGUAUGAAGCCCUACGAUACGGAACGUCUCUCGCACAAAUGAGCCGAUCGACUUGCAACAGCAUCUCAGAGUCGCCGUGUCAACAGAGUGAAGAAGGACAGGAGAAGUUGGACAGUGAAUCUGUUGCUGAAGAAGACAGUGAAUCUGUUUGCGGUGCUGAAUCGGAAGUGGUAUCUCUGGCCGAGAGUGAGAAGAGUGAGUUGGACGACAAGAUCAGUUUACAGCCACCCAGGCGUAUUGAGCUUCGCGCCAUUCACACCUAUGUGGUGUUGUACAAGUUCCUGCCUCAGGAGAAAAACGACCUUGAGCUUCAGCCCGGUGACCGUGUUCAGGUAAUCGACGACUCAAACGAGGACUGGUGGAAGGGGAAGAGUCGAGACAGAGUCGGAUUUUUCCCUGCUAACUUCGUGCAGCGUGUGCGUCCUGGAGAACAAGUAUGGAAGGUUACUCAGGGUUUCCAUGGCAACCGUGAGAAAGGACAAAUGACUGUAAAAGAGUUACAGAUCUGUAUCGGGAAAGCAGAGGAAACCGACGGCUUUUUGAAGCUGACCAGCGGUAAGAAGAGAGGACUCGUACCCUCCAGUUGUGUAGUGGAGAUAUGAACAACCUCACCAUACACACACAUACAUACAUGCAUACAUGCACAACGACGGCAGGGACACAUACACAUACACCAGCAAGCAUCCUGAAAAGGAAGUGCUCUUGACUUCAUUUCACCCGGCUCUCAGAAUGAGACAUGAAAGAAGCACGUCCGACCCUCUGAUUCUGACCUCAGGCACACGUGACCAGUGGAACAGUUUCGGUUCGGAUGAUGCAGUUACUGUGUGUGUGUAUGUGUGGACUCAAACAUUACAGUAGCAAGCAGGAGCCGCUUCAAAUCCCAUGUGUGAUUGAGAAAAAACACCUGUAUAGGACAAGUGUCCCAUCAUUCCCAUGAUGCACCAGCAAGCUUGGAGGAGACCCAUCAUGGAGAACACAAGCUAGACAAAUAAACAGCUGUAUAAGUGUUGGGAUCAUUAUUGAAGUAGUUUAGAUAAAAUCUUACUUUAUAUUUAUAUAACUGUCUGUAAUACCAGAGUGCUUAUUACUGAGGUUUCUGGGGACAGUAAUACUUUUCAUGUUUCAAUGGAGAGUUAGGAAAGGAGAAGGGUUUGAAUUUUGAAAUCAGACUGUAGAUAUCUGGAGCACUGAACACACACAUAUAACAUAGUCACUGUGUUAAAACCCUUCAGUUUAGUUACAAAACAGAGCUUAAUGCAUAAAUCCUGAGGAGUAUUGUCGCUGUUCAAUGUACUGUAUAAUUUAUAUAUUUAAUAUAAAGCUAACCAAAAUAAUCAUCACCAUCGCUUACUUGUUAACAUUAACACACUUAUAGAGGGUUUUUCUCCAUGACUACAUAGUGAACACUUUUCAGUGUGAGAUCACAAAGUGAGAUUUAAGACAUGUUGUUAAUUGAAAUUAUGAAAAACUUUGGAGGGGUGGGAAAGAAAAAAGGAAGCAUACAGAUUUUACACCAAGAUGUCCAAUAUAAAGGAUUAUUGAAUCAGGACUGAUGAACAGAACACAGCAGACCACAAUUAACAUCAGUUCCAGCCAGAAUACAGUUUUGUUUGUUUUUUGUUGUUUAUUUUUUUACAUCAAGAAUAACUUUAAGCACAAGAGCAUGAAAGCUAUCCUCAGGUAUAAACACCUAAUAUGCUCAAAUAUAGCAAUUUAACUCAAAAGUUAUACACUGUAGGUAAACAUAUGCACAUUAACAUUAACUGUAUAGAUAUUUCAAGAAACGUAGUGAGGCAUGAAUAGCAGUUUGCUAGCGGCUAAGAGAGGCUAACAGCUACAAAAGUGAUUGACAAAUGAAAAAAGUAAAAUGUCUGUUAUGGCAAAACUGAGUAGCUUCAGUGAAACAUGACCUGAAAUAAAUAAAAAAAACUAAUAAUAAUUUUUGUUUAAACUGAUCUCUAUUUUUUGCUACUAUUUCUCAGAAGCUUGUAGUGUACUGUAACUAGCUACUGUAGCUAGCUAGCUGCAUAGCUUACAAAUAUAUUAUUAUUAUUAUUAUUAUUAUUAUUAUUAUUAUUAUUAUUAUUAUUAUUACACAUAUAACAACACAGCCUCAUGUGUUUGAUUUCUCUUAUACAACCAUUAAUUUUAAAAAAAACAUUUAAGGUUAUAUUGCAUCGUGUGGAACAUCUGAAAAACCUAGUUCACAUUCUUGCUAAUGUUAUAAACAAUCAUUCAGUCCUCAGACAUUUUAUUUAUCCCUAUUGAAGUUGCUAAGAUAAUUAAUUGAUGAAGGAACAUGUAUAAGAAGUGAUUGGUUUGAUCCUGGAGUCAGACUUUUGGAUCUCAUUGUUUAAGAAUUUUUUUAAAAAUUGGAACUUGAUAUGUCAACAGCGGGAAUGUGUUCAGGUGGUUUUUAUAUAUAAGAAAAUCUCUGAAUUCCUGAAUGUCUGUUCUGUAAACUUCUACACUGGCACAUGGUGAAAUAAAAUGGCA